AUGGUUCAGCGGAAGGCAAAACCCGAUGUCGACGCUGUCGACAUCAACCGGCAGGGUCCCGACUAUCCACUGUAUAUCGCUGGCCCGGACAGCGCACGCUACCCAUAUUCACAUCCGCUGAUGUCCGGCAACAACAGCAGCGAAGUCCCGUUCGCCGUCCAUUCGGUCCUGGCGUGGAAUGAUGCUCUGAACGACCACGCGGCUGCGCUUGGCUUUGAUGGUUUCUUCUUCUGGACAAACGCCGCCGACUCUCCUAACAGCGACUCGGCCGUGAGAGGCGGUCCUGACGUCGUCUUCGCGAGGGCCAGACGUUCCAAACAAGACCGAGAGCGUUGGAGGCGCUCGAAUCUAAGGACCAAAGUACAGCUGUGCUGUCUGGGUCUGAUGCUCCACACGCUCCCGUACGAUUAUCCCUGCCACGCCAUCUGGAUGCCCAAGACCCCACCACCGUCAUACACCGAAUAUCCUCAUCGGCGGAGCAUCAACUCUCUCUUACCAGCAAAUUGGGUCGGCGCCGACCCAACUGUGCGGAAGCUGGGGACUUUCAAAGGCACACCAGGCAUCUAUAUCGACAUCCUCAAAAACCGCUUCAUGUGCCUGUCCGUUACCCAGCUGAAGCGGCUGGUGUCCAAGGAAGGCGGACAACCGUACGGAGGCCUAAGACUUUUGAGCAAGAAGAAGACAGUUCCUGAGAAUAUGGACGCAUUGAUGCACGACGGAGGCAAAGAUCCAGUUUUCGCAUUGCUGCAGCACUUUGGCCAGGUCAUGUCGACGAUCACCGCGCAGUGUUUGACAUUGCAGCAACUUCGUACCUGGUGGUACAAGGGCUUGAUAUCCGUUGACCCGAACUACGGCAUCGCGCUCACAACCGUCAAAGCCCGUGCGAGCAAAGGCGGCAACGCCAAAGGCAAGACUGACUCCACAGUAAGCGGUCGUGGAAAUCGCAGCGGUAGCCGUGGGGCUCGUGGUGCUCGUGGCGGAGGAGCGCGGGGCAGUCGUGGGGAUGGAGGUCGUGGAGGAGGGGCUCGUGGCGGUCGCGGCGGCGCAGGUCGAGGUAUGUUGGCGUUCCUACAUUGUCAAGACAUCUCAACGCAAGCUAACGUUCAUCGGGCAACAAGUCCAAGACUACGAGCACCAAGAACCACAUCUUCAGUAGCGAGAUGGGAGACCUCGACCUCGACGAUGCGAGUGAGGAAGCAGAGGAGGAGGCAAAGAGAAUGA